CUCACUCACUAUCCCACUCUUUCAGACAGCUGAUUUCCAAGAAAGAAAGGGAUAAUUCGGAAGACAUGUUUAGCAGAUGAUAUAGAGAAGAGCGAUGGAAUAUAUCACAUAGCCGCUGGUUUAAUCUCUCUUUGCACUUUUCAUUUUUAGCAUUGGGUAUGAUAUGGCUAGCUUGUUAGCAAUUUAGCUAGCUGACAACCCUGGCUAACGCAGCAAACCUGACUUUCGUUGUGUAAAAUCAAAUAGGAUUUCCUCGCGCUGCGAACAACGUUUGCUGGUUUGUUUUUCGUUCGUUUUCCUGGAAUCGUUUCGUCUACUGAAAGUGUUUUUGCUCAAAGCAAAUAUAUAGGUCACGAUAGUCUACUAGCUAAAUACCGGCUAUCUAUAAGGGGCAUGGAACAGCUGGUUAGCAAUCGGGCUGAUGCCAGCUAGCUAACGUUCUACGAAUCUUAAUUUCAUUGACCGACAUCUGAAGUGGAUGAAAUGGGCGUUUGCUACCUCUAUUUAGCUACCUCUGCAACACAGUGCAACUGGUUAGCUAUAUAAUAAGCUAGUGUAAUUACUCAGCUAACUAUAUGCAAACACAGGUGUGUCUACAUUAAGGUUUAGCUAGCUAGUUCGUUAACUUCAACCAGACAAAGGUAGCUACAGUAUCUAGCUGAGCCCGGGCAAUAAACUAAUGUAGCGCGAGCUGGUAGCCAGGUAAUGUAACAUAGCAUUGUUAGGUAAGGGGAGACUUCUUUCUCGUCGUAAAAUUAGGCCACAAAACAAAGUACAAAUGUAUUGACAGUGACAGGCAUUGUUUUCUCCAACCAGACUUGCAUUGAUUAUGUGAUCACUGUCCAAUUAGAUCGUGUUUGUGUCUAUAUAACGUUAGCUCAGGAACACGCACUGCUAAUUAUACUUUAGUUUUUUUGUCGUGACCUACCUACCUCACUGAAGCCAAUACUGGUGAUUCCACGACGAGUCUAAUAGCAAGCUAAACAGCACUGCUCCUGUUAUUAUAUAGCUGGCAAGAUAGCUGCCAACCAUAUCAGACAUUGUUUACAUUCUCCGUUGCAUGUUCUACAAGCAAGAAACAGUCACAAUCAUGCCUGCAUAGAACAUUGAAGUGAAGCUCUGGAUCAUGUAUAUGUAAUGUAUGCAACGCUCAAAGUGAGUACAGUAUUAGACAUAGCUCCCAAAUGAAUUCUGAUAGGGGUUUGAAAUAGAAUGGCAUUCCAUGGUACAGGCCGGCAGCAGACAGUAUGUGGUAACCUGUUCCCCGGAUCUGAGUUAGGCCAUAAGUAUUUUUGCGUCAACACCUCAACUGGAGCCACUUCCACGGGCCUCAGUGCAACACCGAGUCUAACUGGACCCACUGCCCCGGCGGGGACGCCACAACAUCCAACAUCUCUUGGGGGAAGCACCGGCGGCGGGGCCGCUGUACCACAGCCUCAUAGUAGUCCUGCCAGUGAAGUACCAAGCCCUGCUGAGAUGGAGCCUGAUCGACCUAUCGGUUAUGGCGCAUUUGGUGUGGUCUGGUCAGUGACAGACCCUCGUGACGGGCGUAAGGUAGCCCUGAAAAAGAUGCCCAAUGUCUUCCAGAACCUAGUCUCCUGUAAGAGGGUCUUCAGAGAGCUGAGGAUGCUCUGCUUCUUCAAACACGACAACGUGUUGUCAGCGCUGGAUAUUCUGCAGCCUCCACAGAUCGACUGCUUCGAGGAAAUCUACGUGAUCACUGAGCUGAUGCAGAGUGACCUCCACAAAGUCAUCGUGUCUCCCCAGCCCCUCACCACCGACCACAUCAAGGUGUUCCUCUACCAGAUUCUCAGAGGGCUGAAGUACCUGCAUUCUGCUGGCAUCCUGCACAGGGACAUCAAACCUGGGAACCUGUUAGUCAACAGCAACUGCCUGCUCAAGAUCUGUGACUUUGGGCUCGCACGUGUGGAGGAGCCGGACCCGUCUCGUCACAUGACCCAGGAGGUGGUGACUCAGUACUACCGGGCUCCUGAGGUGCUGAUGGGCAGCCGCCAUUACGGCUCUGCCAUAGACGUCUGGUCGGUAGGCUGCAUCUUCGCUGAACUACUGGGUCGACGCAUCCUGUUCCAGGCCCAGAGCCCCAUACAACAGUUGGAUCUGAUCACUGAUCUGCUGGGUACCCCUCCUCUCUCUGCCAUGGCAUCUGCCUGUGAGGGGGCCAGAGCUCACAUCCUGAGAGGACCUCACAAACCGCCGUCGCUCUCUGUGUUAUAUAUGCUGUCGGACGGGGCGACUCACGAGGCCGUGCACCUGUUGUGUCGUAUGCUGGUGUUUGAUCCGGCCAAACGGAUCUCGGGCAGCGACGCCCUCUCCCACCCCUACCUGGACGAGGGCCGUCUGCGCUACCACACGUGCAUGUGUCAGUGCUGCUACUCGGUGCCCAGCGGGCGUGUGUACACGCGUGACUUUGAACCGCCCGCCGACCGGAACUUCAGUCACAGCUAUGAUAACAGCCUGCUCUCUGUCUGGCAGGGCAAAGAGCUCAUCCAUCGCUUCAUAACAGAGCACCAGCAGGGGAAACGAGUGCCGCUGUGCAUCAACCCCCAGAGUGCCGCCUUCAAGACCUUCAUCAGGUCUACCGCGUGGCAUUCCUCCAAAGUCUCCAGGAAGGAGGAGAGAUGAAGGGGAGUAUCGUUCAUGUACAAGAAGAAUCAUGGGAAAUUCAGUUUGAUAAAAUGAACAAGACUUGCUUUGGUCAAUAUAAUAGAGAUAGGUUUGGGUUUCUCUGGAUGGAGGGGAGGUGUGAAUGAAACAGUACGCCAGCCUCUCAGAGAGAAGAACAGUGUCUGUCAGAGGAAAUGCUCACUUGUACUAAAGACUACAUUUCCCUUCAAUGACAACUAACGUUCCCAACUAUGAAAACUACUAUUGACACUGGUGAAGACUUGACUACACCAACGCUAUAGGCAUUUCCCCAAUGCUGAAAACUAAAAUGUGCUGCUGAAUUUUAAAAAAGGAAUAAAGAAGAAAAGUGGUAGAAGAGGGAAAUUAUUGGAAACAUUUAUUACUAGAAGAGUUGAAGUUUUGUUGUGUUAUGUUGUGCUCCAAUGUGGUUGAAGGUGGAGACAAAGGAAUAGCUGUUUAAUUAAUUUAUGUUGAAUAAUUGUUCUACUCUGUUAAUUUUGAAGUCAUUCCAGCCUCGUGCAAUAUGAUGAAAAGCGUCUAAGCAACGUGCUCCUGGCGAUACCAUACUCUUACCUGUGCUCUGUGACUUAGUCAUGUUAAUGUCACAUUGAUGACCCUACCUUUAUCAUUGAUUCCAUUGAUUUGGUUUGAUAGUUUCAUUGGGCCCAUUCUCAAUAUCUUCAGUAAACUGAUGCUACAAUGCAACCUCUGGCCUUGAGGUUCAUUCCGUGCUACUUGUGAAUCUUCCCUCCCAAUCUGCCCUUGUCCAUAAGAUCAAAACAUUUCCAAGACAACUUGACCUGGUUCUAUGAUUGGGUGGGGCCAUGACUUCUGAGGCAGAUGGAGCCUCGCCCAUGUUUUUAAAAUCAUAUUAUUUUAUAUUUUAAUUUGUGUUUUUUUAGCUUCUCUGUGAGUGGCGGUUCGAGCUUGAGCACAUGUACUGAGUAGUCAGCCCUUUCAGUGUGUGUGUGUGUGUGUGUGUGUAGAGUUUAAGGGAAAGUGCAGUUUUCUGCUUCAAUGAUUUCAUUACCUCAAAAACAGUUGGAGUCAAAAAGGGAACCCAGAGAGAGUCUACUGGGUAAAGUGUACAUAGACCCAACUCAACUACUACGCACUGUAACGUGAUGUCAUUCCUUUGUACUAAAUCACUGUCCUGACAGGAAGAACAGCUUGUUGAAAUGUAUUGGUGAAAUGCUGCUGUAUUUUGUUUUUCCUUCAUUGGUUGUUGGUUUAUUUCCAGUUGAGUUCACGGCUCAGGUGUUCCAUUGCAAAGACUGUGGACCCGACCACACAAAUACACACAGAUAUUAUUCACCAAUAACAGUGUGCCUCAACUUUUUUUUUUCUCCACAAAGAGGAACCGCAAAUCUCUGUGCACUGAAGCUCUGACUGGAGCUAGUACUAACUAAAAUGAGGCUCCUGAAGAAGCUGCACUGUGCUAGUUGGCAUUGCCGUCAUGGCAGUGGUCAGGCCCUUGUCCCGCCACCUGAUGGUGCUUUUGGAAGUGUAGGCUAAGGGGUUGAUGGGGAUUGCCAGAAUGUUUCACUUAAACCUGCAUGUCUGUAUUUAUGAUAUAUAAAAAAAAAAGGAAGAGGCUUUUGGAUUUGAAGGCUGUGCAAUGGGAGUUGUCGCCAUGGACAUGCCUUCCUUGUGGUGAUGUUAAUUAAUUCGAUUUUAGGAAAUAUGAUUCAUAUUUUUAUCUUUUGUGAUGUGAUACAUUUAAAAAGUUAUUUUUUGGUUUCACAACUUUGCUAUUGUCUUUAGUAGAGAGCCCAAGCAGGCUGAGUUUUAGAAGAGCUCACCAGGGUCCGUCUCUUUCCCUCACACCCUCCUUUCUUCUCUCUAUCCCCCUCACACUGUCCUCUCGUCUCUGUUCGCCUUUUAUAGCACGGUCAUAUUCAUUAGGCACCAAAAAAAUAAAACAGACUAAAACUGGGAGGGACUACUUGAACUUGUCCAAAUAAGCCACUUGUUGCUAAAUGUUUUUCUACAGUGUGCACUAAGGAGUAUGACCCAGCUAUGCUUAAUGUAGAAGCCAAUAAGGACAUCCCGUUCCUCACUGGAGGAGCCGCCUCUGGCAGUUCAAUAGCUUAAAGCAGCUUCUUAUCCUCCCCUUCUUUCCUUCAUCGGCGCUGAUAGGAGAAGAGAAGAAUGGUUAGAGCAAUGUAGUAGAGAGAAGCACCAUUAGGGAUUUGCUUUCAGAUGUCCAGUUCUCUUCAGAUCUAUGAUCCAUCCCAAAUGACACCCUAUUCCCUUUGUAGUGCACUAUUGAGGGUCUGGUCAAAAGUAGUGCAGUAUAUAGGGAAUAGGGUGCCAUUUGGGACGCAUCUACGGAAGGAAAAGGAAGCAAGUCUAUAUCCUUUGUUCAUGAGCUCAAUAGGCACUGGAGAGAAGACUACACCUGGGAAUGUUGAUGUUAGAAAUGUUUCUGGUGAUAAGAAAGGAAAAAAAGUGAUACUUGUGUUUUUUGAUUAUUCUGAAUAUGAAACCGAUGUUGAAUACUGCUGUUUUGAAAAUGUUAAAAUUCUGUUGGUUGGUUUGUUUUUUUGUCAUGUUUUAGGAAACGUUUUGGACUUGUGCUCCCAACAAAUACUUGAAUUUCUUAAGAAAACGACUAGAGUAAAGUAGUGAAUGAAUAAAUGCAUAGUCACUGGAUAAUA